AUCUUCGACUCUUGGUUAUACUAUAAAGCACUGGAUUCUCCUAUAAACCACAAACAGUUCGAAGACGUCAGUUCAAAGUGCGUAACGUCACCGAUCAACAAAUUUAUCUUUCAAUUUCUACAUAAACUUCAUCGUCAGUGCAUACUUACGAAAUUCUUGUUCUUCUUCUUCUUCUUCGUUUCUCUUCAUACAAUUGAAUAAUAUUUACGUGAUUGUGUUUUGAAUUCGUGAAUUUUUUGUAAAGUUUUCUUUUUGAAAAAAGUUUAAAAUUUCUCUUCUUCCUUGAAAUAUCUAAAAAAAAAAUGCCGUUUUUGACAAAUGAAUCGGUGAAUGGACAUGGACAUCUUAAACGUCCCAAUGAAAACGAGUUUUUGCAUACACUCGUGAAACAUGUACCUCACACUUCAUAUACAUUUGAAGCGCUACAAGAGAGCGCACAAUAUCUUUUGGACCGGGUACCAUUCAUUCCGAAAAUUGGAAUAAUAUGUGGAUCCGGAAUGGCCGGAGAAUCUGAACAAAGUGAGUUGUGUCCAGGUUCAAUAGCAGACUCGCUCACGGAGAAGCAAUGCUUUCCCUACGAGGAGAUCCCGCACUUUCCAGUUUCAACGGUGAAGGGUCACGUUGGACAGCUGGUCUUUGGUUAUCUCGAGAAUGUCCCAGUCAUGUGUAUGCAGGGGAGAUUCCACUACUACGAGGGCUAUCCACUUUGGAAGUGUGCUAUGCCCGUGAGAGUAAUGAAGCUUGUUGGUGUGACUCAUUUAAUUGCAACGAAUGCGGCCGGGGGUUUGAAUCCCAAUUACAAGAUCGGAGAUAUCAUGUUGGUGAAGGAUCAUGUAAACAUGAUGGGAUUUGCUGGCAACAAUCCACUCCAAGGACCAAAUGACGAUAGAUUUGGUCCCAGAUUUCCACCCAUGAAUAAAGCUUACAGCACAUCACUUUUGGAAAUUGGUAGUCAGGUCGCGGAGGAGAUGGGAAUUGCCGAUAUCGUUCACAAAGGUGUCUACACGUGUCUAGGAGGUCCUAGUUUUGAAACCGUUGCCGAAUUGAAGAUGCUUCGAAUGAUGGGAGUCGAUGCAGUUGGAAUGUCAACUGUUCACGAAGUCAUCACCGCCAGACAUUGUGACCUGACCGUUUUCACUUUUAGUCUCAUAACAAAUAUCUGCGUGACGGAUUACGACGAUCAUAGUGAGGCAAAUCACGAGGAAGUUAUAGACGUUGGCAAAAGCAGUCAACCCAUUCUUCAAGAUUUCGUUCGACAAAUGGUUCUUCGUUUGGAGGACAUUAUAAAUAGCAGUUCGAAGUAGGAUUUUAUAUAAUAGAUAAAGAAUCUCCGUCAUUAGUGUCAAUUUUCAUGCUUUUCUCGAAUCUUCGCUUUUUUCCGCCCAAAAAAAGAAGAAAGAAAGAAAAAUUGCUGCAAAUCGAAAUCAAAAGGUCUUUGAAAACCUUUCAUCGUGAAUGAAACAACUUUAGCUCAUUUUAAAUCAUGUCGAUUUCUGCAUAAUAGGUAUUUAUUCUCUGAUUUCUUUCGUUUAAAAGAAUCUAUCCUCUCGAGUUAAUAACAAGUAAUCAAAUUGAUUAUUAUCAAAGUGUCUUAAAUGUUUCGAGAGCAAUUAAGAAAGAAAAUAAUUUAUAAUAAUCUUGUUUAUUAAUAUGAAAGUAAAAUAAUUCGAGUGAAUAAUUGAUCUUCAAUUUAAUUUAAUUGUGAGAAAAAAAGGAGUAAGCCGUUUUAGAUUAUGACAAACAAUUUUUGCAAAUAUUUUUAUUAAUUACGAGAUUGAAGUUCGUAAAGUUUUUGAAAACCAAAAUGAAAGAGGCGAUGAUUUAUUUUUUUUGUCUUUUGAGUAAUAAUUUGUUAAAAAGCUACGAAGAUUAGAAAUAAAUUUAACUUGAAAAAAGAUUCGUUUUUCGAAAACUUUGCCGACUUUUAUUUCAUUAUUAAUUAGUAGACAAAUAUUUAAAUAUUAAUUACGUUGAAAGAAUUUUUUUCUUUUUAUACCUCGAUGAA